AUGGAAGUAAAGGGUGCCAGGAAUAGAGGAAGACCUAAGAAGAAAUGGUUGGAAUGUGUCAAGGAUAGUAUGAACAGGAAAGGAGUAUCAAUGGAUAUGGCAAAUGGCAGAACGAAAUGGAAGGAACUACAUAUCGACCCCACACAAGAAAUUAUUGAAGAGCACCCCGAAUACUGCACAAAAUUGAUCCUGCGGCCGGAUGACGAAGAGGAUUCUUCAAUCAAUCGCGCUUUAGCUAAUGCUGAAUGCUUAAUCGAAAGUGAUGAGACUGGGGACAGUUCUAGUGAUUUUAGGUCUAGUUCGAAUACGAGUAAACCUCGCGCGCAUGUUAAACUUCCCGAGAUAAAGUUGCCUACCUUCGACGGGCAGUAUGAUCAGUGGCUUGAAUAUAGAAAUUCCUAUAUUACAAUGAUCCACAAACGUCUUAAUUUGUUUUUAGAUGAUCGUAAAGUAAUUAGAUUCGGUGGUAGGCUGUCAAAUUCGUCUGAUUUCAACUACGAUAAGAAACAUCCAGUGUUGUUAUGUAAUAAACAUUAUUUUACGUUACUGUUGGUUGGAUACGAGCAUAGACGUUUACUUCAUGCCGGUCCACAGCUGCUAUUGUCUUCACUGCGCGAGUGUUGGUGGCCACUGAGUGCUAGGAACUUAGUAAAGAAAAUAGUUCACCCUUAUGACUUCAACCCGCUAACGCCUGGUCAUUUCCUUAUUGGCCGGCCGUUGACUGCUCCUGCUAGCACCGACGACGUAGCAGCUGCGACAUCUACGACUCCGGCGCUCAACCGAUAUCGACGCAUCGAGCAAAUUCGUUUACAUUUCUGGCAACGAUGGUCGAAAGAGUACAUAGCUGAGCUCCAGACGCGGACUAAAUGGAAGACGAAUAAAAACGAUAUUGCCAUGGACAGCAUGGUCCUUAUAAAGGAUGAUAACCAGCCGCCUCUGAAGUGGAAAUUGGGACGGAUCGUGAAGACUUAUCCUGGUGCGGACGGAGUUUCUCGUGUUGCUGACAUACGGACGGCUACAGGAAUAAUAAGAAGAUCGUUCUCCAAGAUCUGCCCGUUGCCGCUGCAGCCCGAGAGUUGAAUAAAUCCAGAAGACGUCAUACUUUGGAAGUCGGAGUCUUCCAAGGCCGGGGGCAUGUUUAUGAUACCACUAUCGCCAUCUAUGAGUGAGAAGUCGGCAACUUUUUCAUCGAUCAUCAGUUGUACGCGCCCCACCACUGGUAGAUCUCUCUAGAAAAACUGUCUCGUCCACGCGCGCUUGAGAUAGCACAAAUUUAAUAUAAUUAUUCUGUUUUACUGUAAAUCUUUCCAAUAAACGUAUUUUAAUCGUCUAAUAAAA